AUGGUUCAAUGCAGCGCCACAGGGGGCAGCAGAGAGGAGUGCCGAGUUCUGACCACGCGCAGAAGGAGCCAGAAAAACAACAUGGAGGACGAGGUGGAUGUUGACAUCGAAGGAGAUACAUUAGACAGCAGCUUUAGUGAGAGCGACAGAGGCAUGAUUCAGGAGCAGUUUUUACAGUCGACAUGGAAAAGCAGCGCGGGGAUACUGCCGUGGGAACUGGACAACUCCAUCAGCGCAGAAAACAGAGACGAAAUCCCCAAAACAUGUUGGCAGAAUGAAUCAAACAAACCUAAAGUCAGAAGGUCUCCAACCAAAGCAUCUUCUGCCUCUUCAUCUCGUUGGUCUGCUGAAGAAAAAAAGCUCUUUGAAGAAGGACUGGCCCAGUAUGGUCGACGUUGGACUAAAAUUGCCAAACUGAUGGGAAGCCGUAGUGUUCUUCAGGUCAAAAGCUAUGCCCGGCAGUACUUAAAGCAAGAGGCCAAAACAAAAGUCAAAGCUCCUGUUCCAUUGCCACCAAUGCAUCCUCAGUCUCUUUCCGGUCACCCACACACUCUGGACAACGCUGUGCGCAUAGAGAAGCUUUCUGAUGACGAAGAUGAAGAAAUAGACAUUACAGAUGAUGACUGUGAACCUACAAAAGGCAAACCACAGGACGCCCAAGUGAAAUCUGAAGCCACAGAAACUCAAAUCAAUGUUGCAAGAGCAGAGGAAGAAGAUUUACACUUCCCAACAGAGGAUGAGAGUGAAGAUGAACCCAGUUGUAGCCUCAUGUCUUCUGAAGGCCCCACAAUCACCUCCUCCUCGCUUUUCACUGAGCAGCAAGAUGGUAUUGAACAAAAUGAAUCCUUUUCUGACAAAAUCUCAGCAACAAAACAAGAAAACCAGUUCUUCCAGACAUACGACUCAGGAUUGGAUCAUCAAGAUGAAUGCAAUGAAGAAGAGAGAAAUAUGGGACCUGAAGAUAACCCAGAUGAAGAUGAUGAAGAGGAAGAGUUGAAGCCUCCUGAUCAGGAAAUUGACAUGGACCCAGAGGUCAUCACCGAAGAUGAAAAACAAGCCAUCCCAGAAUUCUUUGAGGGACGUCCGUCCAAAACCCCGGAGAGAUAUUUAAAGAUCCGGAACUACAUCCUGGAUCAGUGGUCCAAGAGUAAACCCAAAUACCUCAACAAGACGUCCGUCCGACCAGGGCUGAAAAACUGUGGCGACGUGAACUGCAUUGGCAGAAUCCACACGUACCUGGAGCUUAUAGGAGCCAUUAACUUUAACUGUGAGCAGGCAGUGUAUAAUCGUCCACGAGUUUUGGACCGGAGCAGGCAAAAGGAGGGCAAGGAUGUUCUGGAGGCCUAUCAGCUGGCUCAGAGGCUGCAGAGCAUGCGGACGAGGAAGCGGCGCGUGAGGGACAUUUGGGGAAACUGGUGCGAUGCUAAAGACUUGGAAGGACAGACAUACGAGCAUUUAAGUGCAGAAGAACUCGCAAAGAGGAGAGAGGAGAUGAAAAAUAUGCCCAAACCGUCCAAGAUGUCCAGAAAAGGGUUAAUCGACCCCUUCAAGCUAAUUCCUUGUCAAUCAUUUGGAGAUGAUGUUCAGGAACCAUUCCAGAUCAUCGUCUGUGCAGAGACGCUUCUGAUUAUGGACUUGCAUGCGCAUGUGUCUCGUGGGGAAGUCAUCGGCCUUCUUGGUGGAACUUACAACGAGCAAAAUAAAAUAUUAAAGGUGUGUGCGGCUGAACCUUGUAACAGUGUGAGCACAGGCAUGCAGUGUGAGAUGGACCCUGUUUCUCAGACUUUGGCCUGUGACACUCUGUCGUCUCUGGGGUACAGUGUGGUGGGCUGGUAUCAUUCUCACCCCUCCUUUCACCCUAACCCCUCUGUACGGGACAUACACACGCAGGACCAGUUCCAGAGUUAUUUUUCAAGAGGUGGAGCUCCAUUUAUUGGAAUGAUUGUGAGUCCAUAUGACCCUGCAAAUCCAUCCCCUCACUCACAAACCACCUGUUUGUUGGUCAAAGCAACCGGUAACGAAACAGAAUUACAGAAGAUUCCCUACAAAUUUGACUUUCUCCCAUCACAAGACAUUCCAGACUGGGAUCAGACCACGCGAAGGGCGCAUUGGAUAAUCCAGAAGUAUUCCCUUACACCAGGAAGUGUGCAAAUGAAUCGAUUUUUCAGGAGAGACUCACAUCUUACCUGCCUCGAGAAGAUGCUGUCCUCUUUGGCAAAGUACCUGGAACCCCUGCCAGAUGAGGAAGGAGACCAUUUUCUUGUUCAGAUCCAGGCACUUUUCCAAUCAGAAUUCAUUCCAAAUCAACGAGCAUUUGACCAAAACACAGGGGAAACUUGGAAUACCGCAACCGAACCAUUGGACUCUGAUAUUGACCAAAUGUCCCAAACUGGAGAUGCCAGUCAGGAGCCUAAACCGGAUCACACUGAAGCAGAAGAGAAGCUCCAUACUUCGGCUCCAUGUCGUGCACUCCCUGCCCCCCUGGUGUGGAUGGUGCUCAAGCCCCUGCAGAAACUUCUGGCCAUUAUACUGGGAAGGAGCCUCAGAAAAUGGUGGGGGGCACUGCCAGACAACCGCAGACAGCUCCUGCGUGAGUGGAUGUGGUACAGACGCUGGAAGCUGGGCGCUGGUGCUGGUGUGAUGCUGCUGAUCGUAGCCAUACUUCUCCUCACACACCUUGACGAGUCUCCGCUGACCGGACGGACACGCCUGCUUGUGUUCAGCAAGGACAACUACAUGGAGCUAGCUGCUCUUAUGUCCGAGGAGUACAUGGAGGAGUUUGCAGAGCUGAUGCUGCCGGUCACUGACCCUCGGCAGCAGGUGGUGGAGCGACUCAUUCAGCUCCUGGCUAAAAGGAACAAGGACAUCCCUGAAGUGACGGAGGUGGUCUGGACGGUCCAUGUUGUGCAGGACCCCAAAGUCAAUGCUUUUGUCCUCCCGAACGGGAAGGUGUUCGUCUUCACGGGAAUGUUGGAUGCAGUCGCAGAUGUUCACCAGCUCACCAUUGUUUUGGGACACGAGAUGGCCCAUGCUUUACUGGGACACUCGGCAGAACAAGCCAGUUUGUCUCAUGUGGUGGACCUCCUGUCUAUGAUUCUGCUGACUGCCAUAUGGGCCAUUUGUCCCAAAGAUAGUCUUGCACUGCUGGGGCACUGGGCACAGGAGAAACUCACACAGUUGAUGUUCAGUCGUCCUUACAGUAGAAAACUGGAAGCAGAGGCUGAUGAAGUGGGGCUUCAGUUGGCUGCUAAGGCGUGUGCAGAUGUGCGGGCCGGCCCUGUGUUCUGGCAACAGAUGGAGAUAAGGGACCAGCUGGAAGGAGAGCUGGAGCUGCCCGAGUGGCUCUCCACACACCCGUCCCACCAGAACCGAUACACCCAACUGGACCGCCUCAUUCCUCAGGCUCUCAAAGUGAGAGAAAGCUGUGUGUGUCCUCGUCUACCUGAAGAAGACCCUCGGAUAGCCUUCUCCAAAAGUGUUCACCUUUUGCUGAAUAAUGCCAAAGAUCAAACCAAAGUUCAAUCCGGCACAAAACCAAAUCCCAGGACCCACAGUCCGGUCUCCUCUCUCCCCACCGCUGCCAUCAUGUCUCUGACUCCUCUAUUGUCAGUUACUUCUGAUCAGGAAAAAUAG